AUGCAUUGGCAACUUUUGGCUCUCCUCUCCCUUGUUUGUCAGACGCUUAUAUUGACAUUAGCUGCGAGAAAACGAAGUGAGAGCUGGCGACAGGACUGCAGGAGCUGUCUGGAGUGUUCAAAGGAAAACGGCUGUCUGCGCUGCUCUGAGCGCCUCUUCCUGUUCCUGAACAGAGAUGGCAUGAGUCACCACGGCUCUUGUGUUCACUACUGUCCCUCCGGACACUUCGGCCUCCGAGCCAAAGAUCUCAACCGCUGCAUGAAAUGCAAAGCUCCCGAGUGCGAGAGGUGUUUCAGUAAAGACUUCUGCACCAAGUGCAAGGGAGGAUAUCUGCUCUUCAAAGGCAAAUGCUUCAAAAACUGUCCAGAGGGCACAUUUCCUCAGUCCACAGACUGCGUUGAAGGCUGUGUGCUCAGUCUCUUUGGGCUUUGGGGUGAAUGGAGCUCAUGUCAGCACAGCGGCCUGAGCUGUGGUGUCAGAUGGGGGCAGCAGAGCAGGACCCGUGAGGUGUCCAGAAACAUGCCUGAAGAGACAGAAUCACUCUGCCCACCUCAGACUGAGAGCAGAAAGUGCAGGAUUAAGAAAAAGAGUCCAAAAGACAAAAAGAAAAAUGUAAGGAGAGAAGGAAGAAGAAAGGCACAGAAAAUGCUGAAGCUCUUUUGGAAUGAAACUGUCACAGAACCUCCAUGGCAAAUGAUGAACAAGGAUGUUGAUCCAAGACCAUGUUGUACUUGUGGUGAAAUCACGCUAGACUCUCCUCUUAAGAGCGUGUCGUUUCAUAUUCAGCCACUAGAUGACAAUAGCGGAUUCCUGAUGCUCCACGAAAAGUCAGUGAAAGCCAGGAGGGACAGGAGCUUGGCAGACUGCACAGGUGGAGCAGAGAACCACCUCAAUGGAACUUACAGGGCCGAUGAACCUCCUAGCAGUUCAGGUGGUACUGCAAAGAAGAGCAGAGAAAGGUUAGUAGCAACCUUGAUGGGUGUAACGGAACAGCCAGAGUUCCACCACAGUCUCCUUGGUCAUGAAAAGGCAGACAGAUUACUGGAAUGGACACCACUGCCCAGAGGGGAGUUGAAGUGGAUGUCACCUCCUCAAGGGGCUCCACAGCAGAACCCAUCACCUUGGGAGGAACUAGGGCAGACUCUGUCGUAG